AUGAUCGAGAGUACAUCGCACGCAGCGUUAGUGGAAUGGAAGCGAAGACGCAAGGAGUACGAGCAGGAAGUGGCCAUCCGCUGCUGCCACGACCCCGAGCAAAUUUCAGCCAUGACGACAGACAUCUGCAGCUCGUUCGAGCCGAGCUUGCUGGAGGUUCUGUGCGACCUGGAGUGGGGAAUUAACAAGGAAGACCUGACCAACGAAGUACUUCUGGGCAAGAUCGAUAUUAUCCUCGCCACAGUGAAGAACAACACGGUGCCGAACGUGGCGGUUGAGUUCAAGGCUGCCGUACGGAUGAACCUGCAUGAGACAGAUGUACGCGAGCGAGUAGUGCAAUACUUUCGGGCUAGUCGCCAGGUGAUUGAUGAACAUGGUUGGUGCAAAUUCUUUAUGCACCAAGAAGGUCUGAAGUUGAAGUGCAAAUUACUGGUCGCGUCCCUUGAACCCCAGGCACUGCGGGAAGAGAUAGAGUCCAUCCUGGUAUAUCAGAAUCGGACUGCGCGUAGUGAUGAAAAGGUGCUUUUCAAGAUCAUUCUGGAGAAAGCUCUUGAACUUGAGCGAGACUUUCAACGCCGUAAGCGACAACGCAGUUCGGCUCGAACUGGGGACAAAUUGGACAGUUCACGAGAAUCGAGUCGCUCAAAGAAGAAAUAUAGAUCAAAGGACGGUGACGAAGCGAAGCCUGUUUCGCAACAACCACAGGACAAUGUGAGUAGAAAGCAAGGUCGGAACGUCCAACAGGGACCUCCAAAGACAGGAGCUGCAAAUCCGAUCGGUGGUUGCCUAAAAUGUAAGGGGGACCAUUGGUUAGUGAAGUGCCCAGUUGCGACUCACGACGAGAAGGCCAAUCUAUUGCGGCAACCGCAUGAGCGGCGCAACCGUGAGAAGGCUGACCGCAAGAAAGUCGCCCACGAUUGA